AGCUGCCAACGUCCGCCGCCUGCACCCAAUUCCGGAGGUUGCCGCUGUCGUUCUCCUCUAGCAGCGCACUCGCUACCACAGUCUCUCCUUCCGGAGGUUGCCGCCCGUUUCAGCUUCUACUUUCUAGGGCUUUAGACUGAGAAGCCGAGUUGUUACUUGCGCUUUCUUCUUCUCCGUAUCUCAGCUGUUCGUUUGAGCUCUGCUACUAAUAUGGCCGCGGGUAGUGGCGGCAAGGACCAGUCGCAUAAAGCCCACAGGUCCAGUCAAGCGGGUGCUUCCUCGAAGAGUCACAAAGCAAAGGCGAGGAAGGCCGGGGCUAAUGGUGCAGCAGUGGUGCGUGGAGGAUGGAACCCUAAUCUCGCAGGGAAUGAUGAUAUGGCCCGGGCAGGUAGAGGGAAGAAGAGGCAGCGUGAGGGGCAAGGUGCAGUGGCCUCGCAGGAAUCGGACAAGCCUAAGCAGCCAUUAACGAAGAUGGAAAAGGUAGAUAGAAAGAAGAGGCGGCGGCUUGGAGAGGAUAGUGCUCUGGCGGAGCAGAAGAGACAGAACCCUAAGGCUUUUGCGUUUACUUCAAGUGGGAAGGCAAAAAAGAUGCAGUCGCGGGCUGUGGAGAAAGAACAGCGCAAACUUCAUAUACCGAGUAUUGAUCGGACUUAUGGCGAGCCAGCUCCUUAUGUUGUUGUUGUGCAGGGGCCUCCUAAGGUUGGGAAGUCACUUCUGAUCAAGUCUCUCAUUAAACAUUACACAAAGCAUAAUCUGCCAGAGGUUCGAGGCCCAAUUUCUGUUGUCUCAGGUAAGAAGAGAAGGGUCCAGUUUGUGGAAUGCCCAAAUGACAUCAAUGGCAUGAUAGAUGCUGCCAAGUAUGCUGAUUUAGCUUUGCUUUUGAUAGAUGGAAGUUAUGGCUUUGAGAUGGAGACAUUUGAGUUUCUUAAUAUCUUGCAAGUGCAUGGAUUUCCUAAGGUUAUGGGAGUCCUUACGCACCUUGAUCAAUUCAAAGACGUGAAGAAAUUGAAGAAAACUAAAGAGCGGCUUAAGCAUCGUUUCUGGACUGAAAUAUAUGAUGGAGCCAAAUUGUUCUAUUUGUCUGGGCUGAUUCACGGGAAGUACCCCAAACGAGAGGUCCACAAUCUUGCUCGAUUUAUUUCUACCAAGAAAUUUCAUCCAUUGUCUUGGAGGACUUCUCAUCCGUAUGUUUUGGUUGAUCGGUUUGAAGAUGUAACACCACUGGAAAGAGUGCGUGAAAACAGCAAGUGUGACAGGAAUGUGACUGUCUAUGGCUAUUUGCGGGGUUGCAACUUAAAAAGAGAGAUGAAGGUGCAUGUCGCUGGAGUUGGUGAUUUCAGUCUGUCUGGUGUCACUGCAUUGCCUGAUCCUUGCCCACUGCCAUCGGCGGCAAAAAAGAAGGGACUGCGUGACAAGGAGAAAUUAUUCUAUGGUCCUAUGUCCGGGCUUGGGGAUCUGCUUUAUGACAAAGAUGCUGUCUAUAUAAACAUCAAUGACCACUUUGUUCAGUUUUCUAAGGCCAAUGAUGAAGAGGGGGACGUAGAAAACAAAGGAAAGAACCAAGAUGUGGGAGAAGCUCUGGUUAAAUCCCUGCAGAAUACUAAGUAUUCACUUGACGAGAAAUUGCAAGAAAGCUUCAUUUCCCUUUUCAGUAGAAACAAGAACCUUUUACCUGAACAUCAGGGCAGUAAUAAUAAGAUUGAGGAUCAUAUGAUCGAUAUGGAAGCUGCAAAACAAGGUGAUCUGGUGGAAGAAACUGAACCUGAUGGGCCUACCAAAAGCGAUACUGAAGAUUCUGAUGGUUCAGCAUCCUCAGACAACAAUGAUGCCGCUCCAGAAAAGCUAGCUUUCACUGAGCAUGUUGAACUUCAUGGGGGGAGGUUAAGGAGAAAAGCUAUGUUUGAAAAUGACUAUGAUGACACAGAGAAGGACUCUCAUGAUGGGAUCGAAGAUGAUCAUGAUGGUGACACAAAAAUUUCAGAUGAUGAUGUAUCGUCCUCGGAUUCAGAUUCUUCGGAAGAAGAUGGGGAAGUUGAGAAACUUGAUGAUGAUCAUAUGGGAAACAUGUCAAGAUGGAAAGAGUCAUUGACAGAAAGGACUGGGUUAAGGAAAAGCACAAAUCUCAUGCAACUUGUGUAUGGUAAUUCUGCAUCAUCAAUGGAGCUUCGUGCUCAGGAGAAGCUAGACACUAUUGACAAUGUGGAUAGUGAUGAAGAAGACUUCUUUAAGCUGAAAGGGGAAGGGGAUAAGAAACAAAAAGGUCAAAAUGAUGCCUACUUUGAUGCUGAAGAUUGUUCCAAAUGUAUGAAGUAUACUGGCCAAAACUGGAAGGAGGUGAACAUAUAUGAGAGGAUUCGUGACCGAUUUGUCACAGGCAAUUGGUCAAAUGCUGCUCGGAGGAAUGAACUUUCUGUGGGAGAUGCUGAAGAUGAAAGUUCGAAUGACGAUGAUGAUGCAGCUGUAGAUGGCGAAUUCGAAGACUUAGAAACUGGUGAGAAAUAUGGAUCUACGGAAACUGGUCCUCAGGAGGAAGACGACCGUGCGGCAGAGAAGCGGAGGCUUAAAAAGCUGGCCCUUCGAGCAAAAUUUGAUGCUCAAUUUGAUGUAUCUGAAUCGAUGGAGGAUGAAGAGGAUGAGAAACGUGGAUUCACUUCAAUGGACAGUGAAGCAAACCAAAGUUCAUAUAUCGAAAAGCUGAAGGAGGAGAGUGAACUGCUGAAACAGAAGAAUAUAGCUGAACUAAAUGAACUGGAUGAAGAAUCACGAUUGGCGAUAGAGGGCUUCAGAACUGGGACAUACAUGAGACUGGAGAUUCAAAAUGUUCCAUUUGAGAUGGUUGAACAUUUUGACCCUUAUCACCCACUUUUAGUGGGAGGAAUUGGUUUUGGUGAGGAAAAUGUUGGAUAUAUGCAGGUUAGGCUAAAACGGCACAGAUGGAACAAAAAGAUCCUCAAAACUAAAGAUCCCAUAGUUUUAUCUAUUGGCUGGAGGCGGUACCAAACAACACCUGUUUAUGCAAUUGAGGACAGGAAUGGAAGGCAUCGCAUGCUGAAGUACACUCCUGAACACAUGCACUGUCUUGCCAUGUUUUGGGGGCCGUUGGCACCCCCAAACACUGGUGUGGUUGCUGUGCAAAAUCUGUCCAACAACCAGGCAUCAUUUAGGAUUAGUGCCACUGCAACUGUUCUCGAGUCCAAUCAUGCUGCAAAAAUAAUGAAGAAGAUCAAGUUGGUUGGCUACCCAUGUAAGAUUUUCAAGAAGACUGCACUAAUAACAGACAUGUUCACUUCCGAUCUCGAGAUUGCACGGUUUGAAGGUGCGGCUGUCCGAACUGUAAGCGGUAUCCGUGGACAAGUUAAAAAGGCUGCAAAGAAGGAAGUUGGUAAUCAUUCCAAUAGCAAAGGGGUAAUACCAAAAGAAGGAAUUGCCCGGUGCACCUUUGAGGACAAAAUUUUGAUGAGUGACAUCGUUUUCUUGCGAGCAUGGACACAAGUGGAUGUCCCUCAGUUUUAUAAUCCAUUGACCACAGCCUUGCAACCACGGGAGACCAUUUGGCAUGGGAUGAAAACUAUGGCUGAAUUGAGGAGGGAGCAUAGUCUUCCUCUGCCGACUAACAAAGAUUCUAUGUACAAGCCAAUUGAAAGGUUCCCAAGGAAGUUCAACAAGCUGGUGAUUUCCAAGCAAUUGCAGAAAGAUCUCCCGUUUGAAUCGAAACCCAAGGACAUUCCAAACAGGAGGAAGCCUCUUCUUGAGAGGCGAAGAGCCGUUAUCAUGGAGGGUGCCGAGCGACAAGUUCAUGCUCUUGUUCAGCAGCUCCAAUUCAUUAAAAAUGAGAAGGUGAAGAAACAAAAGCUUACAAAAGAGCGGAAAAGAAAACUACAUGAAGUCGAGGAAGCUAAAGCUGAAGAGGUUUCGAAAAAGCGCAGAAGAGAAGAACGGCGGGACAGAUACAGGGUCGAAGACAAACUGAAGAAGAAACUGAGGGGACGCAAUUAACCGAGCACAAAAGUAUUUAUUGCGUCACUGGAUGCUGUUAAUCCUCCGAGCUCUUGAGAUGCAUUUUCCGGGUCGUUUGCUUCAUGAAAAUGAAGGAAAGUUUUGGUAAAACUUGUGUUUUGUAAAACCAUAGAUAUAUGAAGGUUUUAAGGGGUCGUUUGGUAAGCAUGUAAUCUACACAUGGAUUUCAAGAUUACAUGAUAUUUGAGAUUUCACUGUUUUUCUUGUUUUAAUUUUGGGCAGAUAUCAUGAUAUUGGUGCACCAUGUAAUUCUAAAAUUCAUGUGAUCAACCCAAAACAUUUGAGAUUUCAUGCCAAAUUAUGUGGGUUCUACUAUGAACUCAUGCAAGCCAAACAAUGCAUUCUA